UUGGGCGGAAACCAAACAGGCGCUGGUGGGGUGGUGAUGAUCAGCAGCAAAAAGAGCCUGGGAAAGCCACGAGACGCACGGAGAGCGUGUACACGGAUUAACCACACUUAACGUUUAUUUCAUUUUUCGGCAGCAACAUGUCUUCGGUGCUCCUAAAAACUUUGCUGAUGGUUCUGGUGGUGACUGCUGCCUCGGCUGCAGUCAAUAACGGCACCGCGAUAGGGCGGACUUUUUUUAUUUUUAACUCCGUAGUCACCAGUGAACCAAUACCCUUGGAUUAUUUGUCUGAGUUUGUCAGAUUGGAGAAUUGUACAAGUGGUCGGGUGCAUAAUGUAACCCGUAAUAUAACCAUCACCAACAGGCUGACGAUCUCAGAGGAAGCGCUGCUGUUUCUCACAGGCUCUGUGUCCACCAUCCUCAUACCUUCUUUCUACACGCUGGUCUGCGUCAUGAGCUUGCCAGUCAACAUCUUUGCAGUGGUGGCCUUCACUCGGGGGAUCAGGCCCAAGAAACCGGCAGCGAUCUAUAUGUUGAAUCUGGCCUGUGCCGAUCUGCUCUUUGCUAUGCUGCUACCCUUCAAGAUCUUCUAUCACUUUGGUGGCAACAACUGGACAUUCGGCCCGCUCAUGUGCCGGGUGGUCACUGCAGCGUUUUACUGGAACAUGUAUUGCUCUGUUCUGCUCAUAGCUUGCAUCAGUGUGGACCGUCUUCUUGCUGUAGUCUAUCCUAUUGACUCCCUGUCUUGGAGGAGGCCACGGAACUCAAUCAUGGCCUGCGUAGCCAUGUGGAUAUUAUCCCUUGCUGGCUCAGUGCCCCUCGUCAUCUCCAACCAGACUGUUGAAGUAAGUCAGUUGAACAUCACCACUUGCCAUGAUGUCCAGACUGAGCAUGCAAUGUUGCACCUCAAGAUCUACUUUAUCAUACUGUGCUGCACCCUCUUCUUCCUGCCACUGCUCGUCACAGUGGCGUCCUACACUCGGGUGAUCUGGUCACUGAGCCGGGUUCCAAGCGGGGUCAUAGGACGUUCCCACAGAAGAACAAGAGCACUGGUGAUGGCUUUAACAGUGCUGGUGAUAUUUGUGCUGUGUUUCAUGCCCACAAACUGUCUACUGCUAGCACACUACCUGCAAUUAGGUGAAGGUGUUAAGAUCCACGAGACCCCUGAUGGCUCCUACGCAGCAUACCUAGUGUUUAUGUGUUUGGGAAGUCUGAACUGCCUCCUGGAUCCCCUGGUCUACUACUUUGGAUCAUCCCAGUGCCAGAGACAACUAUCCAGAGCGUUGAGGUGUCAGAAGAUUCCAGCGGGCAUCAGUCAUACAUCAUCUGAUUCAUACAGAUCUAGCAGCAGAGCAAUUCUGAGAUCCAACUGUACAGAAAGCUCCAAAAUACACACUUCAGUAACCAAAAUGGACUCUCACCAAGCAAAUCUCAACAGCCAGUACAAGAAACUACUGGUCUGAUAGACUGUCGCAUCUGGGAAGAUUGGACUGCAUGACUUAACCAACACUUACCUGUGAUUUCAAAGCUUAUGAAACAGUAAACAUUUCUUUAUUGUAAGGUUCAAGUAACAGCAAAUAGAGCACAAAGCUAAUAUAAAGGGUUCAGCUACUUGAGUUAUGUUUCCUUCAUGAUUAGAAGGAAGGAAGUUGAGAUUACGUAAGAACAUGCUUUCUAAAACAGUUCAGCUGAACUUUUAAUACUAUGAAAUGCUUUUAUUUUUGCACUGUAUGGGUAAGAGUUUAUGAGUUUAUAACCUAGAUCUGUAGGUAUUACAUGUAAUGGAACUAAAGCUCUUGCUAUUUUUUCAGUUUUUUUUUUUUUUUCUGUUUUCUCUGUGUAAAUUUGCUGAAAAGCUAGUUUCAAUAUUUGUUACUUAUGUUUUAUGUUUUACUUUGUACAUUUAAAACAAAAACAAAAAAACAAACCAAAAAAAUAACAAACAAAAAACACAUGUACAACGCUUUUUUAAAAAUCUCCAAAUAAAUAUGUUUGGGGGUGUUUUAGAGACAACCAAGAAACAACAGUUAAGCACUCAGUGAAUAACCCACUUUGGCAUGGUUAGUUUCAUGCUGCCUCCUGCUGGUGGGAAAUAUGCAGUAUGUAUCUUGUUAAAGUUGUAAUUUUACACCACUAUACUCCAACAGAUGGCGCCACAUUAUUGUAAAAAUGUAAUUGGAAAUAUUGAAUGUGUGAACUCUCUCACACACUUGAUGUUGUGAGUAGGAGAGAGUAAUGUGUUAUUUUGUAAAUGCUGGAGAGGCCCCAGUUCCUACUUCUUUACAAGAAGUUUCAGUAUAGAUUACUCAUCCAGUAAUUUCUCUUAUUGGAGUUUUAUAACAGCUCUUUCAUAAGAAGUUUAACUUAGAGUUACACCUUUCUGGGGUCUAAUUGACUACAAACUUUUAAGUCAAAUCUGUGUGUGAGACAACAUACAUACAGUACUGUACACUUCACAAUAGAAAUAUUCAUGCACAGCCUAUAUAGCAUGUAAAACAUAUAUCUUUAUUACGUUAAAUAAUUCUGUAUUUGACCAUUAGAUUCCAUCAAAUAAAGGCCAGUUUGUGGAAAAGUGAA